CACGCUUUGUCUGUUUGGAGAUGGCGAGGCCAUCCAAUGAUAGAAGGAAUCAAUAGCUGACGACCAUAUGAAAUGCAACUCAUUAUCAAAGAGAGUGAAAAGGUAAACUAUUUAUUGCUCGGGGACCCUCACUAAAGAGUCAUGUGGGUGCAACUACGGAUACAUUUGUUGAAAAUCGUUUUGGCGUGAAUAUUUACGACAUUUUUUAAUAUAGCUUCCAACUGGAUGUGUUUAUUUUUAUUGCUCAUUGCUUAAUAUUAUUCAACUUUGAUCUCAACACAUUUGUCCAAGUUUCAUCUGGAAGCAAUGAGUUCUUACUUCGUCAAUUCCCUCUUAACUAAAUUUAAAGGGGGUGAUUCUCUGCGCUCCAACUACUAUGACUGCUCAGGGUCUGCGCAGGAUCUUGGAGGCAGACCAUCUGUGCUGUACGGUCACAAUACAGGAUCUGUUUUUCAACAUCCGGCUCAGUUCCCGGAAUUUUACCAUCACGGUUCAUCAUCCUUCUCCCACGCAUCUUACCAGCCGCAGAACCCUGGCCCAGUACCGUACUCUGGAGAAGCCACGGGAAACAUCUUAGGGCAGGAUACUUUACAGAGGCCGUCCUACUCUAGCGCACCAAAUCCGGAUUUUGGGCAAUUUGGGGAUUGCAAUGUAAAGGUAAACAGUAUCAGAGAUGACUUGGAAAGUGCGGAACCUUGUACAGCGCAGCUCUUCCCAUGGAUGAGACCACAAGCUACCGGCCGGAAAAGAGGACGGCAAACCUACAGCCGCUACCAGACGCUGGAGCUGGAGAAAGAGUUUCUGUUCAAUCCGUACCUGACCCGCAAGCGGCGCAUCGAAGUUGCUCAUGCGUUGGCCCUCACUGAGAGACAGGUGAAAAUUUGGUUCCAAAACAGGCGCAUGAAGUGGAAAAAAGAACACAACAAAGAGAAGUUUCCAAGCGGCAAAACGGAACAAGAGGAAAUAGAGAGACAAAACCAAGAGGUAUCAGAGAAACAAACAUCAGAAGAAGAGGACUCCUCCGAGAAAGUCUAAAUACUACUUUCAGCAAUUCUAAAUAGUCAACUGACUAUAAAAAAGUGUAUUGGAUCAAUCAACUGUAAUUGAAAUAAAGACUCAGAUGUCAAUACACAAAGGCAAUUUACAAGAUUACUGUAAUCGAACUCAAAGUCAAUCAUAUGGGCCUUUUCCAUCACUGAAUGUUUUGUCGAUUUCUACAGCUUAUGAGGCACUUUUUUUUCAGCGGUUGUUGAGGUACGAUUUUAAACAAAAAGAGGGAUUAUUUCUGCAGCGUGUUUGAAUGAAGCCAUCUCAUUUAUUUUCUCGACAGUUACUCUUGAGGUUACGAUUGCAGUGAGGGCAUAUGAGGCAAUGCUGUAUGUCUACCUCAUGCAUGACACCGCAUCCCUUUCAUAUCUUCAAUAUCAGUGGGAGUCAUAAUCCACGAUGUUCGUUCUCUUCAGUAAUUCUGUAAUACCCAGUAAAACAGGGCGACAUCUGCUUUUGAGGAAUCAGCAUUAGUGAGUGCAGUGUUGUAUCAUUAGCACUUUUUGUAAAUUGUAUAGGUUUACUGCUCUUCAGCCGAGCUACGUAAUCUGUGUUAUUGGGUCAAUCAUUUUGUCAGUGUGCAUCCAUGCGUUAUGCUUUCAUAAGAGGGGAUAAAUAAAACGCACAAUGUUAUUCUGAUUGUGUAUGUGUGUGGGUGUGUGUGUGUAAUUAUUUGAUAUCCCAGUUCCUGUUCUCUUGUAUUUCAUACUGUCUUUAACUGGAAGUGGUUCCUGAAAGAAGCCACAAUAAAAUGUAUG